AUGUUUCGGCGUUUCGGGCAUGGGAAUUCGACAUUAUGGAAGGCCAAGAACGUUUUUACUGUCGAUUACCUGAAGUGAGGUUAUUUAUGUUUGGUGUUUAUUGAUUUAGGUACAUCCAAGGAGUUUUGGUGAAGAAUGAAAAGGUCACCGAGAGCAACAAAGCCAUAUUAGUGGAGGCCGUACGCAUGUGCACGGAGAUUCUGAUUUGGGGAGAUCAAAAUGACAGCACAAUCUUCGAGUAGGUCAUGUGGAAUAUCAUCUUUUAUUUCUUUAGUUUCUUCCUUGAGAAGCAGAUGUUCACACACUUCGUGGGAGUUGUUAGACAGAGUACGAGUAACUAUGUGAACGUUCAAUUGUUGCAAACACUUAAUAUUCUAUUCGAAAACAUCAGAAAUGAAACUGCAUUGUGUAAGUCAAAGUUUUAUUUUACAGUUUAUUUUUAUCUUUGCAGACUAUUUGUUGAGUAACAACCAUGUGAAUCACAUUUUAACACAUCAAUUUGACUUCCGGAAUGAAGAGGUAUUAGCGUAUUAUGUGUCCUUCCUCAAGACCUUGUCUUUCAAAUUGAAUCCAAAUACGGUUCAUUUCUUUUUUAACGAGGUAUGUUCUCCAAUGUAUAAUGCCGCUUACUGAUAGAUUUUUUAGUCUACCCAUGAAUUUCCCUUGUUUACCGAAGCACUCAAGUUCUACGAUCAUCCGGAAUCAAUGGCCAGAAUUGCUGUUCGAACUUUGACUCUGAACACAUUUAGAGUAAGAUUAAACAACUUUUACUAAUUUUUUUUUCACUUUUAGGUCGAUGACCCCGCAAUGAUGAAGUUUGUUACCAGUCGAGCACAAGAUUAUUUUGGAAAAUUGGCUAAAGUAGUUGCAAAACAAGUGAUUGAGAUGGAUACAUUUGCCAGAUCGGCUCUAAAUGAGACAUCAAACAGAGAUCGACUAAUGAGUAUGAUCGACAAUCAUUUGGAUAAUGUUCAUUACAUAAAUGAUGUUUUGAUGAUACAAAAAGAGGAAUUGGUAAGAUAUUUUUCUUUAUUUUUGUUAUUCUUUCUUUAGAAUUCUCUGCUGAUCAACAGUAUCAUGUAUUUUGUGGUUGGCCCUCUCUAUAUGGCGUCAUUGGCAUCCUUGAGGGAUACGAGUAACACCAUUUUGCUUUCCAAAGUCAGCUCAUUAUUCUUGUUGAACCAGUUGUUUUUGAUCAUCCACUCCUCGGAUAUUGUGCAGUCAGUGUUGACGUCUCUUUUCUUUGGCGAUGAGAAUGAUGUGAGGUCCCUGUGGAAUCGAUCAGUCGAAAAAGGAUUGUAUUUGGAUUUGAGGAAUCUGACCGACGAACCGGAGGAAAGGUAGGGGUGUUAAAUGCAGCAUAAUUAUCAAUCUUUUUAUCGGCUCAAUUUUAUUUUAUUGUUUUAGAGUCUUCUUUUAUGCGCAUUUGAAUGCAUUGGUCGAAGAGAACGAUGAUCACUGCACCUUCUACGCUCUUCUUUUGAUAUACAAUAUUUGUCAGAACAGAGGUAAGUAAUCUAAAAUAAGGUGAAUUUUCUCAAAUACAGAUAUUUACUAUUACACUACUGCCCUGAAAGGUAUCGGUAAGGGUGUUGUGUCGUGGUCAGUGCUGUUGUUUUUAGUGUUGUAGUUGUAUAUUGUAAUUGAUUUUAUGGUGUGAUUUAUGGGCAAUUUAUGUUUAGGAGUGAACAAGGAUACUCUGGAAGCUGCUCAGAUUCCAUUGGAUAAGAAAAGCGCAAGAUGCGAUCCAAUUCUGGCCUCGCAUCUUCUAAAAAUAAUAAGGAAGUGUGUUGUCAAAGGUAAGAAAUUUUUUGAUUAUUAUUCCGAUUUUAGAUACUCCUUUGCGCUCGGUCACCCUUGAUAUAUGCUGCAUAGUCCUUCGAGGGCUGAUUUUGGCCCUAGAAGAAGACGAUCAAUUCCACAAGGACAUUGAAGCGACCCUGGAUGAAGUCCAAGAGCAGCUAGCCUCUAAACUUCGAGAAGUGGACAAUGAAAUUUUCUUGGAGAUGUUCGAGGAAGAGCAUUACAGAUUUGAAACAACGACAAUCAAAGUUAAUAAUCUCGCUCAAGAACCCGCAUUGUAUCUACCUCCCACCACUUCUGCUGGAAGUAACGUUGUGCUCAGUCAAAGAUUACCUUAUGGAAAUGAUGAAAAAAUUAGAAGAGUAGGUUGAUUUUGUGGCCUUUGGAGUACUUCUCAUUUUUAUUAUGCACAAUGAAAAUCUUUUUUGCAGAGCCUUCAAUUUUACUUUAUUCUACGCAAAUUUUCCCUGGAUUUACGCGGCCUUCCCGAGCCAAUUCUGCCUUUGUCCUCCAAGGUUCGAACCCUUGCCGAAAUCAACGAUUGUAUCAAUCUUAGUAAGUCAUUCAUUUGAGACGUAUGUAACGCAUUUUUUAGAUAACAGCGAUCUCCUUUCAUGCACUGUGAUACAAAACAAUGAAAGGCAUCCCAGGUUCUUAGUCACGGACCAAUUUCAAUUAAUUUUGGUCGAACCGGAUAGCAGAAAACUUGGAUGGGCAGUGGUUUGCUUUGCCGGAUUAUUACAGGUAUGUUCUUUUUAUAAAUUUUAAUUGUUCCUUCCCUUUUAGGAUACUCAUGUAACGGGAGAUCAGAAUGACAGCCGAGCUCUUCAUGUCGUCGUUGAGGACGUGAAAUCCAGGAUUAAGCCCAAGUCUCAACCUCAAUUCAAUGCGAAAUUAGUCUUUGACGACCAUAUACGGUGCAUGGCGGCGAAACAGAGGCUGGGAAAGGUAACAAUUGGUCUAUGUUUAGAAAUAUCAGGUGUAGUAUUACGUCAUUAUGUUAUUUGAUAUUGUUUCAGGGUCGGAAACGUUCUCGUCUCUUCAAGCUAAAUCUCAUCUCUGAAUUGUUUGGUGGUAAUACAGUAGACGAAAACAAAUCUAUCCCGGUGUCUCCGAACCCUGUCAACAACCAUCGAGUCCUCUGCCUAGCCCCCGGCUCAGUCCAAGCCGUUCCUCAUUCCCAGUCCAGCAAUGCGAGUCUCUACUCGGUGGAUCCUCAAGUCCCGGAAGACCCUCUUAUGAGCCCAAAAGGCUCGAUAAAGCAUCUCUAG